AUGGCUAGCCAUGGCGAAAAACCGCUACCGCAUGUUCCCCCGCACCGACAACAGCUAAGCGUGCUGACUGUCGACUCUCGCGCGCAUCUCCGGCGAUUCGUUUUGCAGACCUUGCGAGAGGAGGGAAUAGUACGGGAGCAGGAGCAAUGGGCAACCGCGCUGAUAAGCGCCCUGUGUGAACUCGGUACGAGUAUCUCGCAGGGUGCGUGGUUGCCUGGAUUCAGGCGAGCCAGGGACGCCCGAAAGAGGCGAGAAGUGGAGAGGAAUGCGCGCAGAAUGCAGCAAAGACUAGAGAAGAAAGGUGAGAAUGAGAAGACAAAGCCGAAGUUGGUUUCAAAGAUGGCGUCGGAGAGCAAGGUCAACGAUCCGGAAAGUAAACAAUCUGCAUCUGAGCACGGUUCGUCUCGCGAGACACCGCCGAGCCUUGUCGUCCUGUUGCAGCAGCUCCGGGAGUUGUCCUCAACUCAUGUAGUGCAGCAAAUGCCGAAGCCAUCCAUCAAGCACCUCUUACUCAUGAUGGAGCCGUAUGCUCAACCCAUCGUGCCGUCGUCCAGCGACGUGGGCUCCACUCUGACGCAGCAAUGGCUGGAGUGUGUAUUUACACCCAACACGUUCGCCUUUCCGGAGGUUGGACAGGAGGAGGUGCGUAAUAUACUUUAUGGGUUGGAUGAAUGGGAUGUCCGCCUCUACAAGGUAGCGAACGAAGACUGCUUGCUGAUAGUCGGAGGCACGUUUCGGUUGAAGGGAACUGCCUCUGCCGCCCAGCAUGCAACAAUAUCCAAAGUCCUCCGAGUAUGCUUAUAUUUCUACCUCGCACUGCUCCUCGAACAGCACCUGCUAUCCAACUCACAUGUGGAAAUCAAGUUCCCAAAGCCUGCACAGUCCGCUCUUGCGUCCGCGCCGCUUGUCUUAAGACCAUCUCUGGAAUCGAAGCCGCCAAAGCGCGAAAGCACCGUCGCUUCCGGUAUCUGGUCCUUCUUCUCCAAAAAGACUGAGACGUUGUUGCAUCAUGCGGCGAGUAUUGGGCCGACGCUGGCACGGCGAGGCUCACUGGAGCUGCCUCUAGUGCAUCCGCCUUAUUCGCAGCCCUCUAUCGAAGCCAACAAACAGCGGCCGAGGCGGUUCUCUUUCAUGUCUUCUACAUCCCCGGACGCGACCAGCCCACGGAAUAGCGAUGAAGCCGCUACGCAACACCCGCUUCUGGCAGCACUGAAACACAUAGAUGCAUAUAAGGACUUGCUCUCCACAUCCCCAGGCUUACUCAUGCCCCUCCCAAGUGUGCUGGUUUCUCUCACAGAGAAGGAAAGUCAGGAUCCGGACCGACGUCUGACUGCUGACGAGAAAGCUGCACUGAAAAGCCUCUUGGGCUGGGAAUGCAAAGAAUCGCUGGGUAGGGGCAUGGUGGGUAUGUCAGGCUUCGUGCGACAACAGGGAAUAUCUCUGCUGUACUCCGCGCACGUUCCGCUGCCAUUGAUCACGCCGCAGCCUCCGACGCCGGUGGGUACGGCAUCUUCGUCAUCAGCGGUGGUCCCUCCGCGGCUCACCGCCUGCGGCAACCGGAUGACAUGGGUCACGUAUCGAUAUUAUCGUCGAGGUGCCGAAGCAGACGAGAGUCUAGGCGAAGUGAUCUCGAGAUUGUGCGCCACUGCAGAGGAACCUUGCAAUCAGCCAGGCUGUCAGUUCUUGCAGGGCGACCACGAUUUGCGGUGGAUACACGGAGGUGUGCGGAUUGUUGCAACGGUCAACCUAUUAAGCUCUUCCGCAAAAGAUUCUUCACCAGAAGACGAUGCUGUUCUGAUGUGGGAAAGUUGCGCGGUGUGUGGUCGAGAGACGCGAAGGGAACAUAUGUCCGACGGCACAUACCUCUAUUCGUUCGGGAAAUACUUGGAACUCCUAAUAUACUCUCCUGUGCUGUGUGCGAUCACACCGCCGCUUUGUGAGCAUACGACCAUCCCUCCUCGCCCGUGGCCUCAAGAAGAUACGCCUCUUCCCAGGACGCGUCUGAACAUACACCGCAGAUUCGCAUGCAAGUCACGCACUGUCACCUUCUCACUAUCGAAGGUUGAGGAUAUCUUUGAGCUGCGGGUGCCCCGUCUGCAGAUCGUGCGCCGCCGGGGGCUUGACAAGAGCUCGGAUAAGAAAGGUUCAUCCGCGACUCCGAAUACACAUAACGAUAAGCCCUCUCUGGAUGGCGAUCGACGCGCUCUGAGACGGGAGAUUAUGCGAUGGUGGCAAGGGUUGUCCGACCACAUUGACAAGUUGGAGGAGAACUUCAUUGCCGACACCUGCAGUACACGUGCUAAAGCGUUACCGCGGUUACCUUCAGAAGAUAUCGCUUACGAUCCGCUUGACGAGUCGGGCGUGAUCACGCCUAAGGCAUCUCUGUCCCGAUUGCCUUCUUCCACCCCCACUAUCGCGCCCAUCAGUGACGGUCAGCUGGCACAUUUUCUCCCUGCAAUCAGUUCAACAGCGUCAGAAACUAUAUCCGGUUCAUGGAUGUCGUUGUCAUCCACCUCUGCCAGGUCUUCGACGAAUUCUUUGGGCAAAGACCCUGCUCAGCUGCUAUCUAGUCUGCGCCAUGCAUUCCAGAAGGAAGAGCAAAACCUGUACGCAGAGCUGUCUAGAACGCCAUCCGUGGCUCUCAACAACGUACGUCGCUCUUUCCAGGCCGCUGCCCGUGGAGCUUCGAAACGGUUGUCAGCGUGGGAGGUCAAACACUCGUCAUAUUUGUCCAAGAGCUUGCGGAGUACCGGAUUUCCGCUCGUCACAGAGCCUGACUGGUGGCGAAGUGGCUGCCACGCAGUACCUGGAGGAAAUGUCAUUGUCCAGGAAGACGAUUGGGGGAGCAUCAUAGCAUUUACUCUCAGUUCAAUGGAUUACAAUAGGGAGUUAGCCGCUAUGUCGAACCCGGCACAACGACCAACGAUGCCACCGGUAGGGCCAUCAACACCUGUCGUUGACGAGAUUCGUUCAUCAUUCUUCCGUGCGGGAUCUCCCUUUGGACGGCUACUACCUUCACAUUCAGACCAGCCUGAUCCUGACAGAGAUGACACUGUAUGGCAAGAGCCGGAAGCAUUCUCUGCAGUAAUCAGUCGCAAGGAACAUCCGAAGGAUUCGUCCUCCAUGAUCUCGUUCCGAGAGGCCCUUAGGCAUAAAGCGAGCCCCGAUUCGCCCAUCUCUGCGACCAGCAGACCCGACAGUUCGAAUACAAGCGCGAAAGGCCGAGGGAUUAUACCACCUUCUGCUCGAGUCAAGCCAGCUGUGGAGCUAUCGAUGCAGGCUGCGGGCGGACACUUGAAUAGUCUACCAGAUUCUGCUGACAAGAUUCUGCAGAGUCUAGGCGCACAGUCGAAUUUGGCUCUCCCAAGUUCAUUGCAGUAUUCGGGCCCGAAAACCCCUACCUCUUCAUCUGGCUUCGUCGAGACGAAUAUCCGAAGAGGCAAGACUGCUUCCAUCAUCUCGACCGACAGCAGUGCAACCGCUGACGCCGAUGUAAACUCCUACCGCAACGAUAUGCCUCCGCCGCUUCCUUCGAAGCAGCCCAAUCAACAGCACUCAAAGUCAGAAGAGCAUGCGCAUAUACCUCCGGCUACAUCGUCAUCUAUCACUAACUCGUUCACCAAUACGUUGGCUAGUGCAAUGAGGUACAUGCUUGCCCCUGGGGAGUCUCAACGCCCGCGGCCAGCAUCCCCCCACCAUGGCCUGCUAUUCACGGAGUCUCCUGCAAUUGACGAUCGGCCGCAUAUCAAGUACGACUGGACGAUUGGUAAGCGACUGAAGUUCAGUUGUACUGUGUACUAUGCGACGCAAUUCGAUGCACUCCGUCGGCGAUGUGGCAUAGAAGACGUAUACAUUCGGAGCCUGGCUCGAAGCGCCGAUUGGGCCGCGGAGGGUGGAAAGAGCAAGUCUGAGUUUUGGAAGACGGCUGAUGACCAGUUCAUCAUCAAGACCCUCGUUAAUGCCUGGAACGUAGCAGAUCUCCAGGUCCUGAUUGAGCUGGGACCAUCCUACUUUCGGUAUAUGGACAGUACGGCGACUAAGCCAUCCAUCCUUGCGAAGCUUUUGGGAUUCUAUACAGUCGAGAUUCGUAAUUUAGAAAGCGGCGCAACACAGGCGAAAGCCGACCUGUUGGUGAUGGAAAAUCUCUUCUACGAUCGGAAAGUCACCAAAGCGUUCGAUUUGAAAGGCAUUCAAGGGCGGAAAGUCAAAGCAUCGAACUCUGCUUCGAAGACUUUGUUCGAUGGCGAAUGGAUCGAAGAUCAGCGCAGAGCGCUGACUCUCGUGCGUGCGUACUCUAAAGUCGUCUUUCAGGAAGCUAUCAAGGCAGAUUGCGACUUUCUGGCGAGAAGUAACAUCAUGGACUACUCUCUCCUUUUAGGUGUAGAUGAGGAGAAAAGGUUGAUCGCUUGCGGCCUGGUGGAUACUAUAGGUAGUUACACCUUCGCCAAGACUCUCGAAUACAAGGCGAAACAGGGUCUGAGUGCCGGAAAGGAGGUCACCGUAGUUCCUCCUCACGAAUAUCAGGAGAGAUUUGUUAGCGCGAUGGAUGACUACUUCCUUGCGUGUCCGGACAAGUGGUCUCGUCCUCUGGAUGGUACUGAAGUCCCGCACGAUUACAAACAAUUGCCCAGCGUCCUGUGA